AUGCGAGGCCUCGAGGCGACGCGCGCUGCUGUGGCUGGUGACGUGCUGCUGUCACUCCCGACUGCGUUCUGCCUAUCCAUCACUACCUGCACCCACGGUCUGGCGCUCGCGCCGCGCCUGCAGCAGCUGCGUGGCCUGGGCGGCGACGACGAGGACGUGGUCGUGGUGGCGGACGCGCUGGUGCUGCUGGCCGAGGCGCUGGUGGCGGGGGAGGCCAGCCCCUGGAGCAACUUCUUGGAGACGCUGCCGCGCGAGUAUGACACGCCCCUCAACUACACAUCCCCGGGCUGCUCCGCGCUCCUGGAGGCGUUGCCAUGCCUGGCUGACGCAGCGCAGGGCCGCCGCAACGCACUCCUGCGCGCGCUCCCAACCGUGCGCGCCGCGCUCCAGGCGCUGCCCGGCGGCGCGUUGGUCCGCCGCAUGAGCGACUGCGCGCUGCUGUCGGCGAUGACGUGGGCGGCCGCCGCGACAGGCACGCGCAUGCUGGCGCUCUCGGCGCGCGACGCGACAGAGGCGUCCGCGGCGCGGUUCGGCGCGGGGAGCGGCGGCGCGGCGCGCGUGCGGCUGCCGGGGUGGAUGCCGGACGUCGGUGUGAUGGUACCCCUGGUAGACCUGCUGAACCACCCUGGCCCGGGGCAGCUGGCCUCGCCGCCCUGCGGCCGCUACACGCCGCGUCAGGCCAACUGCCGCGUCGACGGCACUGCGUCCGCCUUCACCGUCACCGCCACGCGCGUCAUCUCCCCGGGUGACGCGCUGCUGUUCGACUACCGCCUGAUGGAGAGCUCGUACUGCAACUGGCGGUGGCUGCUGGAGUACGGCCUCACACUGGAGGAGACAGGGGAGGACGCUGCCGCCACCGCUGCCACUGCUACCGACGUCGGAGAUGGGGGUGGCGGCCGCGGCAGCGGGCUGCAGCUGUACGACCAGCGCGGCGAGCCUGUGGAGCCGGCGGAGCCAGAGGCGCCCGCAGCGGAAGCCACGGCGGUGCCAGCGGUUGCUUACGACAAAAACGGUGACCCCAUUCCGACGGAGGAGGGCGGCGGCGCGGCUGCGGGGGCUGAUGGCCGCGCAGCUGCUUUGCCGCUGCGGCCGCUGGACUGCUUUGGGUUCCGCCUGUCACUGGACGAGCUGCUGCAGCAAAACGGCAGCAGCGGCGGCAGCAGCGGCGGCAGCGCGACUGAGGCGGGCCUGGCGGACGCUAGGAGCGCCGCUGCGGCGCGGCUCACGGCGGCGGGUCUGGGGGAGGCGCUGGACGCGGAGGUGCGCGGCGGCCGCAUCGACGCGGGGCUGCUGCGGUGGAUCGGCAUAGCCCUCGGGACGUUCCGGGACGUCGGGGCCGCGGGCGCAGGCCGGGGCCCCCGAGGCGCCGAGGACGAGGCCGCGCUCCUGCAGCGGCUGCAGAGCAUACAGGGCGCCGCCGGCCAGCUGGCGGACGUGCUGCGGCGGCGCCGCCCGGCGGCGGCGGCGGCGCUGGCUGCUGCGCCGGCGGCGGAGUGCGGCCAGUGCCCGCGGCUGCCGGCCGUGGUAGGGGCGGCCCUGGGGUCGCUGGACGCAGCGGUGGUGCGGCUGUCAACGCUAGCGGCGGACGGGGAGGCACUGGGCCGGGUGUUCACGCAGCCAUGGCUUGCGGCGCAUCACCGACGCCAGCAGCAGCAGGGCGAGCGGUAG